AUGGAAACCGCUGUCGCCGCAUCAUCUCCAAUGCCGCCGGCCAAACAAACCCCACACGACGUUGGCCACUCCCCGAAACCCUACCGGAAAAGCUUCGUGGGCUCUCUGAUGGAUGCGGCGGCCACCCUCCGCGCGCCGUCCUUCAAGGAGGACACCUACUUCAUCUCCCACCUCAAAACCUCCGAGCGCAGGGCCCUGAAAGACCUCAAGGACAAGCUCUCCUCAUCCACCGCCGCCACCACCUCCAUGUGGGGCGUCCCUCUUCUCUCCGACGACCGGGCUGACGUCAUCCUUCUCAAAUUCCUCCGCGCCCGAGACUUCCGCGUCGGGGACGCCCUGAACAUGCUCCUCAAGUGCUUGGCCUGGAGGAAGGAGUUCGGCGCCGACGCCAUCGUCGACGAGGACUUGGGCCUCGACAGCGAGGUCGAAACCGCCGCCGUGGCCUACAUGCACGGAUUCGACCGGGCAGGCCGGCCCGUGUGCUACAACGCGUACGGUGUGUUCAAGGACAGGGGUCUGUACGAGAGGGUUCUGGGUGACGAGGAAAAGGUCCGGCGGUUCCUCCGGUGGAGGGUUCAGGUUCUGGAGAAAGGGAUCAAGAUGCUGAAUUUCAAGCCCGGCGGCGUUAAUUCCAUUAUUCAGGUCACAGAUCUUAAGGACAUGCCCAAGAGGGAUCUCAGGCUUGCGUCAAACCAGAUUCUUGCUCUGUUUCAGGACAAUUAUCCUGAGAUGGUUGCUAAAAAGAUCUUUAUAAACGUGCCGUGGUACUUUAGCUUGGUGUAUUCGAUGUUCAGUCCAUUUCUAACUCAGAGGACAAAGAGUAAGUUUGUGAUAUCUAAGGAAGGAAAUGUAGCCGAGACACUGUACAAAUUCAUUAGCCCGGAGCACGUCCCGGUUCAGUACGGUGGACUGAGUCGACCCAACGAUUUACUCAACGGCCCACCUAAACCUGCAUCAGAGUUCACAGUCAAAGGAGGAGAAAGAGUUAACAUCCAAAUUGAGGGCAUUGAGGGUGGUUCAACAAUAGCAUGGGACCUAGUUGUUGGGGGCUGGGAAUUGGAUUACAGUGCCGAAUUUGUGCCGAAUGCUCAGAGCAGCUACACGAUCGUGGUGGAGAAACAGCGGCGAAUGGGAGCAGACGAUGAGUCGGUCCACAACUCGUUUGCGGCCCCACAGGCCGGAAAAUUGGUGCUAUCGGUGGAUAACACAGCCUCCCGGUGCCGGAAAGUGGCUGCUUACCGAUAUGUAGUGCGCAAAUCGGCACCCGCUUGA